CAGACGAUCCAGUCGUCUGCCGAACGAGAAGAAAAAAAAAUUCACUAUGGUAGCAAAUUUCAAAGUCUACAAAAAAUGUUCGCCGAACGGCAAGCUCGCCGUUUACCUGGGCAAACGCGAUUUCAUCGACUAUCUGUCGGGCACCGAGCCGAUCGACGGGGUGGUCCUGAUCAGUCAGGAUUACGUAGACAGCGGCAGGAAGGUGUGGUGCCAGCUGAUGUGCAGCUUCCGGUACGGCCGCGAAGAAGACGAGGUGAUGGGUCUCAACUUCCAAAAAGAUCUCUACUUAGCAUCCGAGCAGAUCUUCCCGCAGAUUAAGAAGCCCGACUCCAAUCCUACCAAGCUGCAAGACAGGUUGCUGAAGAAGCUGGGCUCGAACGCGAUACCGUUCACCUUCGCGUUCCCGCAGUGCGCGCCGUCCAGCGUGACCCUGCAACCCGGUCCCAACGAGACCGGCGAUCCCUGCGGCGUCAGCUACUACGUGAAGGUGUACUGCGGCGAUACGGAGACCGACUUAACCCACAAGCGCAGCACCGUGCUGAUGGGUAUACGUAAGAUUCAGUACGCGCCUACGAAACAGGGCCGUCAGCCGUGCACGGUGGUGCGCAAGGAUUUCCUGCUGAGUCCGGGCGAGCUGGAGCUCGAGGUCACCCUCGACAAGCAGCUGUACCAUCACGGCGAGACGAUCGCCAUCAACGUGUGCGUGCGCAACAACAGCAACAAGAUGGUGAAGAAAAUCAAAGCGCUGGUGCAGCAGGGCAUCGACGUCGUCAUCUUCCAAAACGGCCAGUUCCGCACGGUGAUAGACGCGGUCGAGACGCAAGACGGCUGCCCGAUCGAUCCCGGCUCGAAUCUGCAGAAGGUGCUCUAUCUGAAGCCCAGUCUGGAGAGCAACAAGAAUCGCCGCGGUAUCGCGCUGGACGGUCUGAUGAAGCGGGAGGAGGGCGAGCUCGCGUCCAGCACGCUGCUCACCUCGCCGGACGUGCGCGACCCCUUCGGCAUCAUCGUGUCCUACGCCGUCAAGGUCAAGCUGUACUUGGGUGCUCUCGGUGGCGAGCUGGAGGCCGAGCUGCCGUUCAUCAUGAUGAAAGCCAAGCCGUCCGAGCGGGUCAAACUGGUCCCCACGGACAGCGUUAUGAUCGAAGACAUACCGCAGGAGAAGGUCGAUGAGAAAGACAGCUGCUAAAUUGACAUUUGAGAUUCUGCGAGAUCGAAUCCUACACUGGGUUCUUGUUUCGGUUCGCCGCUGACUGUUUAGUCAAUAUGGCGAGCGUAACGAGGUUUCUAGUCAAUAUAAAUAUAAAAAAGAAAAGAAUCUAAAAGUAUUCUAAUGUAUUUUUUAGAAAUAGUUGAAGCCACGGCAUUGUUGAAUCGACUUCUUAUAUGUCUCUAUAAAUACUUGAUAAUAAUAUAAAUACAAGUAAUGCGAGCAACGCUAAUCGAUGCAGUCAAUUUCUAUACAUUAUACAUUAUAAAAAUAUUGGAUUAAUUAACUCUGUCGAUAAUUUGUCGACAAUUUUGCGAGUAGAGCGCUAGUUGAUUUAUAUGAUCGAUAAAUGUACUUUGCGUUAUUUAUUUAGGAUGCUAUUUAUUAUGGGAUGCAGAUCAUGUAUAUUGAUUGUUUUUAUAUGAAAUGCAAAAUUACAAUAAGCUUCGCUCAAAAUUGCACGCGACUAAAAUCCACUAAGCCCCGCAUGAUUCAUUAUUAAAUAUUUACGUUGAUAAAACCCCUCAAGCUGUACAAAUUUAAUCGCACGCUUCUUUUAUUCAACCGAACAUUUCGUGCAAUGGUGAUCAUAAAAUAUACUUUACAAAAUCAAUAAAAAAGAAUGUACUCUGA